GUCUGCGUGUCUCGUAUGUCCAAGACCAGUACUGGUCUGGAACAGCACGACCACAACCUCGACCAAGACCAAGACCAAAGUUUUACAUUUAUAAAUGUACUGGUCUGGCAAUUGGUCUGUGCGACCAGAGCCUACUGCUGUUGUCGUGCGUUUGUCGUGUCUUUGUCUGACAAGUGCGUGUUGCUCAAUAUAAUUUCAGAUUGUCCUGGCUGCACGUUCUUGGUUGUGAUCUUGGUCUUGGCCGUGCUAGUGCGCGUUUACCCUUAGGUUUGAGUGCUCUUAAAACUUCAAGAUGAGUCCAAAGGAGGAUAAAAUCAGUCUCACUAUCAGUGAGAAAGAAUUUCUUCUGCGGGAAUUUGGCAGGUGGAAGCAUGUAACGUCCACUGGCAGAGAGGAUCUGUCCGCUGAUAGGUACGGCUGCUGAUGGAUAGAUGUGAGAGAGAGAGAGAGAGAGUGUGAGAGAGGAUCGCGAUGAAGGAGGAUGGGAGUCGCGUGGUGGUGGGUGCACGCUGCGGGUGGGUGCGCGUUUUCAAUGACGAGGAGGAUGUGGACGCCCCCGGCACCCUCGUCUACCUAACCAACACCACCAUAGUCAGGGAUAUCUGCAGGGACCUCGUAUUGGCCGACCACCUCACCUUAUGGCUGCAGUAUGGAGGAGGAGAAGGUAGACGCUUGGGAGCCACGGAAACUCCACUUUCCUUGCAAGAUGAGUUCUUGAAGAAAAUCGGCUACAGCGACAACUCUCGUCGUGCAAGGCUUGGAAUAGAUCCCGACCUUCGCUACAUCAUUCGAUUCUAUAUAGGACCAGCUUCCGGUGAAUUGAUAGAGCGGAGUGGAUCUGUCUACAUAUUGAAAGGUCUUGUGCUACCUCAGUGGAAGAAACGAACUGUAGUCUUGAUGGCCAACAAAAUGUACAUCUAUCCAGGAGCUGGUGUGACAGCCAGUUUAGAGGAGGUGGACUUGGAGGGGGCGACGGUGGAGGCCACCCGCAACACCAAGUGCGGCAGAAAGGUGCUCAGAAUUUCAGCUUCAAGACAAUUGUUCCUUGGAUUCGACUUCAACUGGGAGCGUUCUUUGUGGUGGAGUUGGAUUGUCCAGGCCUCGGAAACAGAAGCGAGCAGCUCGAGGGUGGACCUGAGCGGCCUUGGCCUGAGCUCGCUGACCGAGGCGGCAGUCCAGUGCUGGCCCGAUGUGCAACAGCUGAGCCUGGCUCGCAACCGCCUGCAGCCUGGCUCACUGCAGCUGCUGCAGCGCCUGCAUGCACUGCGCACUCUCAACCUGGCCGACAACGGCUGGGCGGUUCUGCCUGCUGAUGUUACCGCACUCACCGCCCUCACAUCGCUCGACCUCUCCGACAACCAGCUCACCACACUUCCCGACCAAUUCACCAAUCUUACAAGGUUGGAGGAGCUGCGACUGGAUCGUAAUGGGCUGAAGCAAGUGCCCGGACGGCGCGGCGCUUAUCCUCGACUCAAAACACUCAGCCUCGCCCACAACAAACUCGUGUCUUUUCCCGCUUUCCUAGACAACGAUCCGGCAAUGCGAGAGCUAACACUACUGGACGUUGGGGAAGGAGUAAAAGAUGCUGAUGCUGACGUUGGUGAGGAUCUCCGUUCUAUCAAUCUGAGGGCCAAUCUUCUCAAAGGUUCCAUCAUCCUAGGAAACUAUGGGAAUUUGACCCACCUAGAUGUGAGUGAGAAUUCUAUAGAGACCCUGGACUUGAGUGCUCUAGACAAGUUGGAAAAUGUUCAGUGUUCUAAGAACCAACUUCAAGAGUUAUCACUCAAUGGGAGUUCUCUACAGUCUCUUAUAGCAGGAAACAACAGGCUCAAAAAACUAAUUGUCACUCCUAGACCAUCACAACUCAACCAUUUGGACAUUUCUUACAACGAAUUGGAAGUGCUGCCGGAAUGGAUAGCCGGUUGCCAGCACCUGCGCACUCUGUUCGCGAGUCACAACCAGCUGAGCAGUCUGCCCGACCACCUGUUCUGCAACGAGCUGUCCUGUCUGCAGACGCUGCAGCUCAGCUUCAACCGGCUGUCUGCGCUGCCCGCCGUCAUCCGACAGAUUCCGCUGCAGCAGCUCUUUCUGCAGAGCAAUCGCCUCACUGCGCUGCCUGAACACUUCUUCCUUGCAUCUGUCAGGAUGCGAGUUCUCAACAUUACAAACAACUGUUUGACCAUGUUACCAAAUAUUGUGGGAGAUAACCAUCAACUGGAAAGGCUAUACCUAUCUUGCAACUCUCUGAAUUGCAUUUCUAUACUAUCUAAUUUUACAAAUCUCAGAUCUCUCCACCUAGCUUACAACAGUAUCACUCAUCUUCCUGACAGUUGUGUUUCUGCGUGGAGCGAGUUGGAAGAGCUACUGAUGUCAGGCAACCAAAUACAGUAUUUACCUGGAAAUAUAGUCAAGUUACAACAUUUGAGGGUUCUUAGAAUACACUCCAAUAAUUUACGGUCAUGUCCUAGUCUCUCCGGCAUCUCAGGGCUGAGGGUGCUGGACGUUGCUCACAACCAACUUGAUCGUGUUAAUUUGGCCACAUUAGUUCCAAAGAAACUCCAAUUUCUUGAUAUUUCUGGUAACUCCAGACUGCAUGUUGAUGCCAGACAAUUUCAAAUGUAUAGGACACAGCGUGCCAUGAGCCUGGUGGAUGUCUCCGGACAGAACCGCACCUCACUGCCAUCGAGCCCGCCUCACCAGGAUCUGGAGAGUUGUGAUUUGGAUGCUCCUUGGAGUUUAGGCUUCACUGAAACUCCUGGCCACAGGGACAGGUUGUGUAUAUCACAGUUACGACUCCCGGAAUUUUGCAAUAACGAAGCAUUAAUUGGUCUAUUUGAUGCUGAAAACAAUUCAGAGUUACCUCAAAUGCUUGUCAAAGUAACACCUAGAAUAUUACUGGAGGAAAGAACUGUGGAAGAGACUGCUAAUGAUUACAUGAAAUACACUAUGCUCUCAGCCCACAGGGAGCUAAAAGACAAAGGUCAGAGGUGUGGAGUGUGUGCCAUGUUGUGCCAUAUAACAAAGCUGAAGUCUCAACACAGUAAACACCGCUAUGUUCUACGCAUAGCCAGUGUUGGUGAAGCCAAAUCGGUGCUCUGCCGCUCUUCAGGGGUGGUGACUCUAGCUCAUACUCCAACUCAGAUUCAAACGGUUAAAAGUCAAUUAGGAGGUAGUUCUAUGUUUCCUUUCGUUGUACCAGACCCUCAUGUGGCAGAAAUAUUACUCGCCGACAAUGAUGAGUUCAUUAUCAUGGCCAACAAAAGGAUAUGGGAAGUUAUGAGUGUGGAUGAAGCGGUUUCGAUAGUGCGGCCAAUGUCUGAUCCUGUGCGAGCAGCGAAAAAGUUACAAGAUGUGGCACAGAGCUAUGGCUGCGAGGAUAAUCUGAGCAUAAUUAUUCUGCGUUUCCAUGUGUUUCAAACUGAUACUGAUCCACUGAUAAGAGAGCUGAGAUCCACUAUAAAGCGUGCUACUUUACAGAAAGACUGUACAGGACUGUACGAGCCUCACCACAAUGGAAUGAUGGAUGGUGAUUGUGAUAGAUCUUCGCCGAGUGGGCAAAGUGAUCAGGCCAGCAGUGGAAGAACUAUUCUCUGUCACAAUGAACGUUACCAGCAAUCGUCAGCAAGACAUUACAAUGCUUCAGAAAAGAGUGAUUUCAUCAGUCCAAGGAAUUAUCAAUCGGUUUUGAUGCAUGAGAAUGGCACAAGGAAAAUGUCCACAUCAAAAAAAGUUCCCGAUGUCUACAAUAAUGACAAUUUUGCUGAUUGUGAGGAGACAUCAUCUGACAGAUCAGGAACACACCUCUCCGAAGAGCAGUAUCGAUGUUGGGAGUACAUGCUCGAGCAGAACACUCAACUGCUUUUCGACAAGGAGCUUGACACACUUUCCAGGGGUUUCGUUCGUAGGUCUGUACCAUCUAGACCAGGACUUUGGGUUAGAGCCAAAAGCAAUCCACACAUCGCAACUGAUCUCCAUCAACAACCACUUCUCACAAGACAAUUCGGCAGUGCUCGUUCAUUUCAACAGCAAACUGCAGGACGAGUGAACAACAACAGAAGAGGACUGAGUGGUGGACCCAAUGCUGCCUAUUUCGGAAGCCUGCAACGCCUGAUGCCCUAUCAUAUGGACUACGAUUUUGCAGUGAUACGAGAAAGGGCCGACUCAAAUACUGAUUCUCUCGAACAUGAUGAUCGAAUGCAAAAGUAUUGGGAUGUUACAACCACAGAACUGUAAAUAGAUAGUAUAUUGUUUGUAAAUAAAAACAUCAAAUAGAA